AUGGAGAUGCAAAACCCAGAAUGUUGGAGCCCUCCUCUACUACAUACAGCGCUAGUCAUACCCCUCUCAAAAAGCGUCUCACUAUAUUGGGUCUCCCCCAAAACCCUAACACUAAUCUCAACUCCGCCGCCUUCCCUAUCACGAAUGUCGAGCGAUAAGCUGCCGCAAGGACGGCAUUUGAGUGGGGUCAGUGUGGUUUACGAUGUGGAUGUUAGGCGGCCCGGGGAGUUUCAGCCGCAGCUGGGAGUUAGGUCGACGAUUACGAACUAUGAUCCUCAGCCGGUGUUGGGCCGCCAAAUUGCGGUGAAUAAGUCGUAUAUAUGCUGUGGAUUGAAACAGGGGAAUAUUCGGGUUUUGAAUAACCACACCGGAUUGGAAUGUUUGCUUCGAGCUCAUACACAGAGGGUCACAGACAUGGCUUUCUUUGCCGAGGAUGUUCACCUUUUGGCUAGUGUGAGUGUAGAAGGACGGCUUUUUGUGUGGAAAAUUUCUGAAGGUCUGGAUGAAGGAGGUACGCCACAAAUCACAGGAAAGAUUGUUAUUGCCAUUCAAAUAGUUGAUGAGGGGGAAGCUGUUCAUCCAAGAGUUUGUUGGCACUGUUCUAAACAAGAGAUUUUGUUUGUUGGGGUGGGGAAGCGUGUUCUACGAAUUGAUACUACUAAAGUUGCAAAGUGUGGAGUCCCUUCUGCUGAGGAUCCUAUCAAAUGUCCUGUUGAAAAACUCAUUGAUGGGGUUCAAUUUGUUGGUGAACAUGAUGGAGAGGUGACAGAUUUAUCAAUGUGCCAAGGGAUGACUACCACCCGGCUGGUUUCUGCUUCUAUGGAUGGAACUAUAAAGAUCUGGGAUGAUCGCAAGACACAACCACUUAUAGUACUGAGACCCUAUGGUGGCCUUCCUGUUUAUUCGUCUAUAUUUAUGACAGCUCCCAACAAACCAGAUCACAUCAUACUUGUAACAGUGGGCCCACUUAAUCGGGAAGUGAAGAUCUGGUCCUCAGCAACUGAAGUGCUUACCAGUGAUGAUGAAUCAUGGAAAUGUACCCAGACCUUAGAGUUAAAGAGCUCUGCUCAACCUCGAGUUGAGGAUGCAUUCUUUAAUCAAGUCAUAGCAUUGUCACAAGCUGGCCUUCUUUUACUUGCAAAUGCUAAGAAGGAGGCCAUAUAUGCCGUGCACAUAGACUUUGGUGGUGAGCCAGCAGCUACACACAUGGAUUACAUAGUAGAAUUUACUGUUGCAAUGCCUGUUUUGAGCUUUACGGGGACAAGUAUAUCUCCUCAUGGUGAACAAAUCGUUCAGGUUUAUUGUGUCCAGACACGAGCCAUUCAACAGUAUGAUUUGGACAUAUCGAAGUGUUUACCUCCCCCGCUGAAGAAUUCGGGAAUUAAUAUACGUAGUCCUCCUUCUUGUUCAACAGAAGCGGUCAAUGCUCAAGGAUUUAGUUGCGAAAUCGAUGAAACGGUUUUAGCAAGGGUUCCAGAUCCCUAUUAUCUGGUAUCAGAGCCUCUCGGUUCUGAGGGCGCUAUGGAGUCCUUCAACUCAUUUCGGAAGGAAAUGAUGGAGGAAUUUCGAGCCAUUAAGUUAUCCUCAGCUGCUGCUGCUGAUAAGCUCGACUCAUCACUUCUCAAGUUUGGUUCCUUACCUCCAUCUACAGGAACACCACUUCUAGCAGCACAGUUGCAAUUGGGAGCUUCAACAAGAGCUACCACCACCACAACUGCUGUUGUUGAGGGCGACUCUUCUAAUUCUGAUAUACAUGAGUCUAGUGAUGACUGUGAGGUGUUACUUGAGUUUUAUACUAGUAAGCCUAUUAUCACAAAUUCUGCUGGGAUUGUGAUGAACCCUCUUAAUGUGAGCAAGGUGAGUACUAGUGGAAGGAAGUUUGAGAAGGGAGAGUCCAGUGGAAAGGAUAAGGCUGGUCUUGGAGACACUCACAAACGUCCUCCACCAAAAACUCAGUUUUUUCAACACAGCAAUUUUGGUACCCAGCCCUUUAACCAUUCUUAUGGUUCCUAUAACACAAACUCACAACAAGUUUAUACAGGUGUUGGUCAAGGUUUUCCAACAUCCCAUUCUGUUGCUCAGAACUUUACAGGCCAAAAUUUUGCUUCGCCAAACUAUAGUCUCAUGCCAAACUUUACUCAAUACAACCCAUACACCACAAAUUUUGCACCCAACUAUGGCCCCAACCCUUUUGCAAUGCAACAUAGUGGGUACCAUAGCCAAAAUUUUGUCCAAAUGUCUAACCCUCAAUAUACAGUGGCCACUACCCCCACACCCUUACAGCAAUACCCCUAUACUAUAGGACCAUGCACAGCUCAACAACAACCACCCAGUAGUAACAGUUUUGAUCCUAACUUGCCUACUAUGAGACAAAUGAAGUUGGAGUUGCCUAAUUUCAGUGGGGGAGAUCCGGUGGAAUGGCUGAGCAAGGUGGAGCAGUACUUUGAGUUCUACCAAAUUCCAGAGGAAAGGAAGUUGCCCAUUGCUACUAUGUACCUCACAGAGAGAGCUGCAGACAGAUGGUUCAUGUUUAGACAUGAGUUCUCUCAAACUUGGGAAGGGUUACAAGAUUUGUUGAUGAGAGAAUUCAGUGGCCAUAAUGGGAUUGAUUAUCAUGCUGCAUUGGCGAGAAUGUCACAUAAUGGCUCAGUGGAGCAAUUCAUGGAUCAGUUUACUAAGCUUUCAAGGAGAGCUCCUGGCUUUACACCGCAACUCCUCUUGUCUUGUUUCUUAGGGGGACUGAAGAGUAACAUAAGAGCAGAUGUCAAGGCACUUAGACCAAAAAGUUUGUAUGAAGCAUGUGAGCUUGCUAAGAUUUUCGAAGAAAGAGAGCUGCAAAAUAGGGGGCAGUUGAGGAAUGUUUAUCCUCCUAGGCCUGCCACUACCCAAAAUGCAGUCCCAAGAAUCAAUGUUAACCAACCAGUACGAGCUCCACAACCAGUGGGUCUUGCAAGACCACAAGCCGCUCCUGCAGUUGGGAAUAAUGCUGGAGGCAACAGACGAUUGACUCAGGCCGAAUACCAAGAAAGGAGGGCAAGGAACCAAUGUUUCUUCUGUGAUGAACUCUUCAGACCUGGUCACAACUGCCGGAGAGGCCAACCUUUGAUGGUGAUUGAGGUAAUGCAGGAGGAAAUUGAUCUACAUGAACCAAACAACAAUGGGGAGGUAGAACAUGGGCACCCUGUAGUUGAGGAAGACGUGGACACAGGACUUGAGGUCCAUCUGAAUUCGAUGGGAGAUGACUCCAACAGCAACACCAUGCAAUUAAAGGGUUUCUGCAGCAAGAAGAAGAUCCAUGUUUUGGUGGACUUAGGGGCCUCCCACAAUUUUGUGCACCCGACAUUAUUAAAAAAUGUGAAGGCAGAAGUACAGGAGAUUAGGACAAUCAGAGUCAAACUAGCUGGUGGAGAAAUCAUGACAACUAACAAAAUGGCAAGAUUAGAGGUAAAUCUGCAAGGGGAGACAGAAGCUACAACAGCAGUGGUAAGUUGCAAGAAAAUGACCAGGCUGCUCAGAAAGGAAAGGGAAGCAAUUGUGGUACAAAUUAACAAUGCAUUCCAAACCCCUUCUAGUCCAGUAGUCCCAACACCUAUCCAGAAUCUCAAGUCUCAGUAUGCUGAGCUUUUUGAAACCCCUAACAAGUUACCACCUUCCAGGAAGCAUGAUCACAAAAUAGAGCUUCUACCUAACACCCCAGCAGUAAAUGUGAGGCCUUAUAGGUAUCCUCAUUUUCAGAAAGGGGAGAUUGAGAAAAUUAUCCAAGAAUUGCUGGACAGUGGAGUCAUUAGGCCAAGUGUGAGCCCUUUCUCUUCCCCUGUGAUAUUGGUUAAGAAGAAGGAUGGAAGCUGGAGACUAUGUGUGGACUACCGCAGCCUAAAUGCUGUAACUGUGAAGGAUAGGUACCCCAUUCCAAUGGUUGAUGAGUUAAUUGAUGAAGUUCAUGGGGCCACCAUUUUUUCUAAGUUAGAUCUCAGGUCUGGAUACCACCAAAUAAGGGUGAGAGAAGAAGACGUAGAAAAAACUGCUUUUAGAACUCAUUCUGGGCACUAUGAGUUCUUAGUUAUGCCUUUUGGGUUAACUAAUGCUCCUUCCACCUUUCAAUCAAUGAUGAAUGAGGUUCUCAGAGAACUUUUGAGGAAGUGUGUACUUGUUUUCUUUGAUGACAUCUUAAUCUUCAGUCCUUCAAUGGAAGAACAUUUGAAACAUUUGGAAAUGGUGUUUAAGAAAUUGUUACAGCACUCUCUGAAGGUAAAGGAGAGUAAGUGUUCUUUUGGGGUGCAACAAGUGGAAUACCUAGGGCAUAUUGUAAGUGGAGCAGGAGUGGCAGUUGAUCCGGCCAAAAUUGCAUGUAUUCAGCAAUGGUCUCAACCAAGGAAUAUUAAAGAGCUAAGAGGCUUCUUAGGGUUAGCAGGGUACUACAGAAAGUUUGUGAGGGGAUUUGGGAUCAUCGCAAAACCGUUAACAGAAAUGCUCACGAAGAAUGCUUUUCAUUGGAAUGAGAAAGGGGUACAAGCUUUUGCUGAUCUGAAGAAGGCUCUAGUAACAGCUCCAGUUCUGGCAAUACCUGACUUUACUAAGGAGUUUGUAAUUGAAUGUGAUGCAUCUGAUCAGGGCAUAGGAGCUGUUUUGUCACAAGAGGGCCACCCAAUUGCAUUCAUGAGUAAAGCUCUAGCUCAAAGGCACCUUGCACUCUCUGUCUAUGAUAAAGAGAUGCUAGCAGUAGUAGCUGCAGUUCAGCAUUGGAGACCUUACAUCCUGGGCCGCCAUUUCAAAAUUUACACUGAUCACAAAACUAUAGAGCACUUUCUCAACCAGAGGAUUACAACACCAUCUCAACAGAAAUGGUUGCUUAAGCUGAUGGGAUAUGACUAUAGUAUUCAUUACAAGGCAGGCAAGAACAAUGCAGUCCCGGAUGCACUUUCGAGAUAUUCGAACUUAGCUGCCAUGACUGGAGUGUCACAACCUGUGCAUACUUUUGUGAGGGAAAUACAAGAAGCUUGCACAAGAGAUACAGAAGCUAAGGAGAUUGUUGCAAAGCUGAAGGUGGAUCCUAAUAGCCAAUCCCACUAUUCCCUUGUCAAUGAACAUCUGCUGUAUAGAAACAAAAUUUAUGUGCCGGAGAUAGAUGAUUGGAGAAAAAGGAUCAUAGCCGAGUUUCAUGAAGGGGUGAGUGGAGGACAUGCUGGUAGGCUGAGAUCUUAUAAGAGAGUUGGAAGAAAUUUUACAUGGCCUAAGAUGCAAUCGGAUGUCAAGAAAUUUGUGGCAGAAUGUGAAGUGUGUCAAAGGAAUCACUAUGAAACAAUACUUCCACCGGGACUUUUACAACCUCUUUCUAUACCUGAGAGAGCUUGGAGUGAGAUUUCUAUGGACUUCAUUGAUGGACUGCCAAAAUCAGAAGGUAAAACUACUGUUUGGGUAAUUGUUGAUAAACUCACGAAGUAUGCCCAUUUCAUACCUUUGGCACACCCAUAUACUGCUGCAACCUUGGCGCAGAUUUUUGUAAAAGAGAUUUUCAAAUUGCAUGGGAUGCCUGAUAACAUCAUAUCAGAUAGAGAUCCCAUUUUUAUGAGUCUUUUCUGGGAGGCAUUUUUUGCGCUGCAAGGAACUAAGCUCAGUAAGUCUUCAGCCUACCACCCCCAGUCGGAUGGGCAAACAGAAAACCUGAAUAGAACCCUUGAGCAGUAUUUGAGAUGUGUAGUGGGAGAAAAACCACAAGAUUGGGUGAAGUGUUUGGCUUGGGCUGAGUGGUGGUACAACUCUGCGUACCAUACAGCCAUUGCAAUGUCACCUUUUGAGGCUCGGUAUGGUUACCCUCCUCCUCCUGUCAUACCUUAUAUCCCUGGAUCUACAGUUAUAGCACAAGCUGAUGAGCAACUGAGGAAGAGAGAAGAGUUGCUGGCGCUGCUGAAAAGGAAUCUGCAGCGAGCUCAAGCACGAAUGAAGCAUUUUCAUGACAAGAGGCACACUGAGAGAAGUUUUGAAGUUGGGGACAUGGUAUAUCUGAAGCUGCAACCCUACAAGCAACAUUCUAUGCAGAGGGGUGUUUUCAACAAACUAUCUGCAAGAUAUUAUGGUCCAUUUGAAGUGCUAGAGAAAAUUGGCUCAGUAGCAUAUAAGUUAAAGCUGCCACCCACUGCAAGAAUUCACAAUGUGUUCCAUGUAUCCCUCUUGAAGAAGAAACUUGGAGACCAGACCCCUGUUUUGGCCGAUCUACCUCCAAUAAUUGAUCCAACUAAUCCCAAGUGGGCACCAGCAGCUGUAUUUGGGCGAAGAAUGGUAAAGAAAGCAGGUGCAGCAGCCACACAAUGGUUGGUACACUGGAUAGGCACUACCCCGGAGGAAGCUACUUGGGAAUUUGCUGAAGAAAUGCAGCGCAGGAUGUGUAUGUGGGAAGAGGUAGAGAGGAAUAACCGAGAAGAGGAUAUGAAGCAAGCUCUACAUGAAAGGAUAGCUCUAAAUAAAAGCCUUGGGCAAUAUUGGGAUAACCUCAGGAAUGAAAACAAGAGGGCAUUGGUUAAGUCUUGUUUAAAUGCUGAGGAUUUACAAAAUUUUACUCGGGAGAAUACUCCUGUUAUUGAGUUUCUUACCAAAAUCAACCCGGAGGUUAUAUGGGAAUAUACUUUUCUUGCAUUUGAAUUGACUUAUUUUCAGUCGGGAGCUAGAUUCUUGGAGAUUGCUCAAUCUGAUACUCUCAAUCUAAAAUCCGAGAAGUUUUUCAGCCUUCUAGAUGGAGCGAGUGAGAGUACAUGGCUGUUAGGUGGAAGUCCUAAGGUUGAGCAUGUGUUAGAUCAUUGUAUGGAGGUUUUAAAGAAUGCAGGAGAUGGAGAUGUUAUCGCUAGCAGCUGUUUACGCAUAGAACAAAAACUAUUAGAAGGUUACAUCCAAGCAGAGGUCGACAAGGAUAAAACUAGAAACAGAAGGGCCCAGAAAAAGAAGGAGAGAUAUGCUGGACCAAAAAACCCACGUGUACAAGAUAUUUCUGGUCUGCUCAAUACAAAUACAGUUGACAACAGCACUAAGGGGGAUGCAAAAAUCCAAGAUGUGGUUGUUAACAGUGAUGUGGGUAAUCUUGAGGUAGAAGCCAAAGUUGUGGGUGAAGCAAGAUCUACUCAAAUUGAUGAAUUAGGCUCCCAGACAUUAGAUAUUGUAACUGGAAUGGCUAGGGAUUAUUGUGCAACGUCAUCAGAAUCAUUAAUUUCAGAGGAAGCUCGGCAAGGUGAUGGUGCCAGCAUGUUUGAACCACUUGCUCAGCCUGAUUCUGGAGAGGAAGAUGAGGACCAGUCUGCAAAAGAUGUAUCAGGAUCGGCUACUGCCAGAACCACGUCGCAACUACAAUCAUCAAAUGCAAAGUCAAAAAAACAGGAAGCAUCAGGUCCAUCUUCCCCGUCACCAGGUGUGUUCAGCUCAGUAGUGUCCUCCAAUGAACCGGGUGGGAGUUCAAGUAACCCUUCUGGAGAAGCUGCAGUUCCUCAAACUAUGGCCAUGGAAAUUAGGGCCGUGCAGGAUAUGAUGAAAAAGCUAAUGGAUAUGCACGAAAAAUUGCAAGAGCAGAUGGCAGUGAUGAAGGCUAUAGAGGCCGAUAAUGUUGCUAUGUGGGUUCAGCGUCUUGAAGAGUUUCCUAAACAAGUAACUGGUCUGAUCGAUGACUUUGUAAACAAGGACUUUGGAGUCAUGUUAGAGAAAAAGGUGAAAAAUGAAUUAGCUGAUAUUAAAGACGCUUUUGUUUGUGCAAACACUCCAGGUAUAGAGCAAACUCAGACAAGUGAAGUGCGAGAUAAAGCAGUUAAUCAAUUGGAGAAUUUGGUCGAAUCAAAACUUGAAGCUACUAUCACACAGUUUCGAACUUUGGCUAAACAAGUUCUUGAGGAUGCUCUCCGGUCUAUCAUGGAUUCUUCAAUGGCACCUUCCUUUCUGAGGAAAUGUAGAGCGACGCUUGAUCUGUUAGAAGCUGAAUAUUUGAAACGAAUUGGUUCUGCCCCUCGGAAGUAUCCUGUGCAUACGAAAUUGGUCAAAGAGUUAAAUCUAGCUUUGAGCUCCGCAAUAGGAUUGUCUCGAAAUCUACAUAGAGAUUUGAUUGCGGAACAACGCAAUCUUGUGAGUGAAGCAGUAAAGGUGAAGCUGUCAAGGUUGGUGAGCGAAUGCAAGUAUGAUGAGGCAUUUAGUUGUGCUCUAGAAAGAGAUAAAACUGAUAUCGGCCUUGUACCAUGGUUAUGUAGUCAGGUUGAUCUUCGGGACAUACUGGUGGUGCAAGUACAUAUUCCUUUGAGCAUAACUUCAAUUCUAAAGCUGCAAGUACGUCUCGCUGAAUAUUAUGAAAUAAAUCAGGAAGCCUGUGUACAGGGAUGGAUGGUUUGCUUGGAAAUCGCCAUGGACCGCAUCCAACAGAUGGCAUCGAUCAUAACAUCUUAUCGAAUCAACCAAGGCCGCCACGAUCUCCAGUGCUAAGCAAGCUAGUCUAUGUCAUCGUAUGCAUGUCAUUAACUGUGUAUUAAACUAUAUAUUCUUAUUUUGAUUGUGGUGGUAUCUAAUGAUCAAGUCUUGAUUAAAUUACCGGUUUCAAAA